AUGGCAAUAUAUUGAUAACAAAAUCUGAGUUUAUUUACGACAAUUUUACCGGUUUAGAGACACCGGUCCGCACCGAUAUCUACUAUGCCAUCGAAAAUGUCAAAACCGGUCACUAUAUGAUAUGGUUUGGCACAAAUGAGACGGUAGUUGACCAGUUGGCCGCAAAUCAGAGCCGAUUUUGGCAUCUGUUUCAAGCGCUGGAUAACGGCUGGUAUAAAAUGCGCCACCAGUUUGGCAGUCAUAUGGUUCAGAUUACCCGUACACCGGAUAAUGUUAAUUAUCAUAUUUAUGAAAAAUCCUGUGGACCAGAUAAUGAGGAACUACCAAUUGGUGAACUGGUAGGUCAAUACAAAUUGAUAUGCCAUGUAGUAGACAAUAGUGACUAUUCUGAGUUUACAUGGAAAUUUAUUGAACGUACAAACCAUAGGACAACAAUAGUUGACUAUAUUUUCAAUUGUGAUCAAAAAUAUUAUCUACUAAUUGUCAUCGCACUGGUAGUUGUUAUCAUAUUAAAUAUUUUAGCAGACAAAGAGGUUAAUCAAAAAUAUCCUAGAUGAAACAAA